ACGAAUUUCGAAGCGCGGAGAAGGAUGUCGGUCAGGCGCAAGAUGCUGUGGGUGACAAAUGCCACCGUCUUGCUUGCACCAGAUGCAAAAUGGAGCGAGCGGAAUCGGCAGAUGUCCGAGUUUUAUCCGAGAAUCCGAGUCCAAAUAUUAACAAAAAGAAUUAAUGGCUUUCUCGGGAAGGAAAUGAGGGACAGGGGCAGGGGAGGGGAGGGGAGGGGAAGGCGAAGGGAAGAGGCAAGCAGCAGAGCAGAGGGCCGUGGGCGUCGUCGGCGGAAAUCAUGGCCCACGUCCGCAGAAGUGCUGUACCGGAGUCGAGAGCAUGAUUCGCAGCCGGGCCACAUCAUGUGCCAUCGUUCCCCGGGGUUCAGCCAACGAUUGCAGAGCUAGCAAGCGUGCGUGUGCGUCCCGAUGCAGUUGGCUAGAUUCUCUCGAGCGAGCGAUGUGAGUCGGAUCGAGCAGAUUCGGACCAUGGCAAGACGCAAUUGAAGAUACAGAGCCAGAGCUGGAGGUAGACUGGACUAAUCGAAGGCUUGAUUUCUGGAACGAGCGUUGCUCUGUUGGUUGGUUGGUUAAUCGAGCGAGUGAGUGACUGAGGUGAGUGGUACGUGGACGGCGGGCUCCGUGCUCGCCCACUGGGUCGGAAACAUUGCGCACAUUUGGGAUCUAAGAGCGCUUUAGCUGGCGAGGAGGGGGCGGCGGAGGAGGCGGAGGCGACCAGAGCAGAGAAGAGCAGAGCAGGAAGACGAAUCGGUCAAGAAUUCUGUUCACCGUUCUGGCCUGGGAGAGGGAGAGGGAGAGGGAGAGAGAGGGGGCGGACAGAGAGCUCGGGGCGAUCGGCUUCUUGUUGCUCGAGCCGGGAGCAAGAGGAAUCGCUCUCGGACGCUCAGGUGGUCACGAGCAUCCUCUUUCUUCUUCUGCAUAGCCAGCCAACCAGCCAAGCCCAGCCCAGCCCAGCCAAUGCGCCGAGACGAGGCAGCUCUGUAGAUUGACAUCGCAGGGUCUUGUAAUUGCGGUCAGCUUUUGGUCGAGCGAUCACUCAUCCAAAUUCUGGAAUUGGUCGUCGAAACCGAACAUACAAGAGAAGACGACGGAGGAGAAUGAGUACCUCAAGAUUGUGUAUAUUGAUUGCCCCGGUAGACAGUCUCCGAUGCUGCUGCCUGUAUCCCUGAAUUUGAAUCUCGAACGAUUCAGCUAUUUCCCUCUUACUCGCCGUGCAUUGCGACCGUAGAGAGAGACAGAGAGGAAUGCAAGAAAGGAAUCCGCACAGUUUCUACACGGCGGGAUCGUAAGUAGAGAAUUUUUGAGGAUAGGUAGAGUGAUGAGUAAGAGGAUGAGGAUGAGGAUGAUGACGACGAUGAGGAGGAGGAGAGAAGCGGCAGGUGUCAAAAAGGUGAUCGUGAGCUUGAAAUGGGGGCUGAUCGUGCUGAGCAUCAUGGUGCUGUGCCUGGCGAGCAAUGCAAAUGCGCAGCAGUGCGAAGCAAAUUGUAAGACGAACAAUUGUGAUGCCGACGGUGUAUGUCAGUGUCUACUCCCUGAUCCUGACUCGGUGAUGAAUGGAGAUCGCUCAUUUCAGGGAGGUGUAUUUUGCGACACUCAGUCGACGAUGUGCGACGGCACCAACUCCUUCUGGUGCGAAAGCGGAGGGGUUUGCAACGAGAUAGUCCAGGGAGAAAAUUACACCUGUUCUUGCGACACUGGAUUUGCGGGCGUGCACUGCGAAAACAAAGGGGAUGCCUGCGGCGAUUCCUUCUGCUUCAACGGGGGGGAGUGUAUCGGAAUUUUAAGCACCUCCUGCGAUUGUCCCCCGGAGUUUCUCGGGGCCCGUGACUGUUCUUUGCCCACGUUCGUAGCUCCACCUCCCGCAGGCAGUCCUCCUGAGAGCUCGGCAAAACAUCAUGCUGGAGAGUGGUACAGGCCUCUGGUGAUCGUGUUGUCGAUCGUGGUGGUGUCGCUGUGCCUGGGCAGCUUCUUCUUCAAAUGGCAGAAGAAGAGGGCGGAGCACUUGUCGAGGUCGAGGUUCCAUGAGCUGAGACAAGUGCAGAUGGCCGACGGACCGGACUUCUACGACGACGGCGAAGACGACCCUUUCGCCGACACUCCGAAAGCACCGCGCAAACAGGGCCCAUAGAGUUUUCCCCGGCGAGAGGUAGAAGUUCUGAGGAGACUGAGCGGCUGGCUGGCUAGCUGGCUGGUCGCCCGUCCUCAACUGGGCACUAGCAUGGAUCUUCAAGGCGUUUCAUGGCGAGAAUUCGAUCACGAGAAGCUAGUCCCGACAGUUUGUUUAUCUUCGGCGCUGAAGUUGAGCCUACUACAGCUGCGGCUUCGUGCGUGCGGAGGAGGAACGGUACUGAAUCAACAUUCCUCGAUUCUGAGGUCGAUGCAUCAACCCACUGAGGGAGAACCCACGAUUCCAGUUACUCCCAACUACAAAUUAUACGUAAAUUUUGUAUGAGGUCCCUGUCCUCAACUUAGGAUUUGUACGAGUAAGGACUGAAGUAAAAAGCUGUUACGAGUGACAGUAAUAUUACUUGCGUGUGAUGUUUGCUGUCCGAGAAGAGCUCCUCUCGCACUCACACUGCUCGCUGACGCACUUGUUUGGUCGAGUUUUACAUCGUAAACAUCGUUUUACUUGUAAAGAUCGAAUCGUGAGAUUAAGUCGGACCGAUUCCUUGCGUUACGUCCAGAACGAGAGGACUGUGAUGCUACAUCGAGAACUAUUAUUAUCAUGCUGGAUGAAAAGAAUGCAUCCACCGAUACAUGAAUAUAACAUAUGGAAUUGC